UGUCCUCUCGCGAGACGGAGCGCAGUUUCCCAGGCAGCAGUGUGGUGUGUGCGCGAUAGAGACAAGGAAAGAUGGCGACGCAGGAGAGCGCAGCAGCUAAAGCUAUCGAGAGCAACGGCGAGGUGAGUAGCAAUGGGACUGCUGCAACAACAGAUGGCGAGGCUGUGCAGACAGCUGAAAAUGCACAGCCUCUGCAGCAGCAACAGCAACCAGCACCUAAUGCAUGGCAGGUCAUUAAAGGAGUUCUCUUCAGAAUCUUCAUAAUCUGGGCGAUUAGUAGCUGGUUCCGUCGAGGGCCGUCCACGCCAGACCCCAACACGCCAGCCGGGGCCCCCAGAGUACCCAGCAGGAACCUGUUCCCCAAGGACACCCUCAUGGACCUGUACGUGUACUUGUCCCAGGAGGAGGUGUUCUCCGACUUCAACAACACAGAAGCCCUGUUUUGGUUCCAGAGGGACCUGGUCUAUGGAGACUGGACCGUCGGGGAGAGCGGGGACGGCUGUUACGAGCAGUAUAAGGAGUUGGACAUCCCAGAGAAAGUGCAGCACAACGGUUCCCUUUACAUGCACGUCUACUUCACUAAAACUGGAUUCCACCCAGACCCCAAACGCAAGGGGCAGUAUCGCAGACUGGCAACAGUUCAUACAACACGAAUGCUGAAUAAAUUCAAGCGAAGAAAGUUUAUGAAGACCAAGAAUCUACUAACAGGAGAGACGGAAGUAGAUCCUGAAAUAAUCAAGCGAGCGGAGAGCCACGGCCCGGUGGAGAUCAUCUCUCAUUGGCACCCCAACCUCACCAUCAACAUGGUGGAUGACCACACCGCCUGGGUCAAAGGCUCUGUACCUCCUCCUCUAGACCAACAUGUUAAGUUUGAUGCAGUAAGUGGCGACUACUAUCCCAUCGUGUACUUCAAUGACUACUGGAACCUUCAAAAGGACUACUAUCCCAUCAAUGAUACCCUGAAAACACUCCCACUGCGCCUCGCCUACUGCCCACUGUCCUUGUGGCGUUGGCAGCUGUACGCUGCCCAAAAUGCACGUUCACCGUGGAACUUCCUACCCGAGGACACCUACGAGCAGUCCGAUGAAGACCAAGACUCGGUCAAGGUGGCCCUUUUGGAGACCAACCCGUACCUGCUGGGAAUCACCAUUGUUGUCUCCAUUGUGCACAGCAUCUUCGAGUUUCUUGCCUUCAAGAAUGAUAUCCAGUUCUGGAACAGCAGACAGUCUCUCGAAGGCCUCUCAGUGCGCUCCAUCAUAUUUGGAGUAUUUCAGUCUCUGGUGGUGCUGCUGUACAUCCUGGACAACGAAACUAACUUUGUGGUGCAGGUCAGCGUCUUCAUCGGCCUUCUUAUUGACCUGUGGAAAAUCACCAAGGUCAUGGAUGUCAAAUUUGACAGAGAGAACAAAAUCGCAGGGGUGUUGCCAAGAUUGGUAUUCAACGACAAGUCAACAUAUGUGCAGUCUUCAACCAAAAUCUAUGACGACAUGGCCUUCAAGUACCUGUCAUGGCUGCUCUACCCUCUGUUUGGCUGCUAUGCGGUCUACAGUUUAUUGUACGUAGAGCACAAAGGCUGGUACUCAUGGGUACUCAGCAUGCUCUAUGGAUUCUUGCUAACCUUUGGUUUCAUUACAAUGACGCCACAGCUAUUCAUCAACUACAAAAUGAAGUCUGUGGCCCACCUCCCAUGGAGGAUGCUCACUUACAAGGCUCUCAACACCUUUAUUGAUGACCUGUUUGCCUUCGUCAUCAAGAUGCCCAUGAUGUACAGGAUAGGAUGCCUCAGAGAUGACGUGGUGUUCUUCAUCUACCUUUACCAGCGCUGGAUCUAUCGGGUUGAUCCCAACAGGGUCAACGAGUUUGGCACCAGCGGAGUGGACCACGUCCCGGACAACACUGCAGCGGAAGAUGCUGCUCCUGCAGCGGAAGAUGCUGCUCCUGCUGCCAUCACAGACAAACCAGAGGGGGAGAAAAAGAAUGAUUAAGCAAGACCACGCCCUUAUCUGCCUCCCUGGCCCUCCCUGCUGGGGCGAAGAGGACUGGUGGAAAUUAGGCAGGCAGGGAAGUCGUCGUUUAGCUGUCAUGGACGCCACUACAAAACAAAUGCAGUUUAACUGUUCCCUCUGAUUUCUGUGUGGAUCCACAGAGAAUCAUAUUCAGUGUAGACUUGGUAAAUUCUUAUUUCUGUUCCCCGCCCCCUCGUUUUGCAGUUCAAGUGAAGUAAAACAAAACGUGAUGUACUGUA